AUGGAGCGGGCGUGCGCUGUACUGCUGUUUGUCCUCAGACCUGUGGUUGCGGCGCUGCGGGCCAAGGGGGGGUCGAUCGCUACAAGGUACGCGAUAGAGAGGAGGAGGAGUCGACAUCGACGCCAUGGGAGGCUCAGGGCGGUUUUGCGGAUGGUGGUUUCUUUACAGAACGUGUUGAUUGGGUUAUGGAUAAUGACGUUGUGGUGGGGCGAGAGGAAGGUAUUCAGAGAUGCGGUUGAGGAGUGUGCGUGGUCUGAAUGGGAGAAAUGGCCCAAGGACGCCGUUCCGCAUCAUACUUUGCUUAUAGCCGAUCCUCAACUCGUCGAUGCACAUACCUACCCUGGCCGGCCAUGGCCGUUGUCUUCCUUGACUGUAUAUAUGACCGACCUUUAUCUAUUCAGAACGCACGCUUUGCUUCAAAAGAAGCUCCGUCCCGAUAGUACAUUUUUCCUUGGGGAUCUAUUCGACGGCGGAAGGGAGUGGGCUACUGAAACUAGCUCAAGCCCUGAUGAGAGGUAUAAAUCAUAUGGAAAUGAUGUAUGGAUGAAAGAGUACGGUCGAUUUUCACGGAUAUACUUUGACACGUUCAAAUUGGGCGGUACUGCCUCGCCGGCGAGUCCGAGAGGUAGGAAGAUAAUCGCUAGUUUACCCGGUAACCAUGAUCUGGGAUUUGGAAAUGGGAUCCAACUACCUGUUCUUCAACGAUUUCGGGCAUAUUUUGGCGAAGGGAAUAGGGUCGACAUCGUUGGAAAUCACACCUUUGCCUCUGUUGACUCCGUGUCCUUGAGUGCAAUGGACCAGGCAGGCCCUGCCGCUGCAAGUUCAAGCGGAAGCGAUCCGCAUUCUGAUGCAUUUGGUUCUGCCGCCGGAGGCUCGGGUGGAGGCCAUCUGUACUCCGAGGAAGUAUGGAAACCGACAGAGACAUUCUUGAACGACUUCCGGACAUUGAGGUCAAAAGCUAUCAGGGAAGAACUGUUGUCCAUGAACGGAGAGCCAGAGAAAUAUCUGUCUCCCCAUACCGUUGUUGACGCUACUGUACCCACAAAACCCACAGUGCUGCCCGCCACUUCUGACGCGGACUUUCCGACCGUUGUUCUCACCCAUGUGCCUCUAUUUCGAGAAGCGGGCACACCUUGCGGUCCGCUUCGCGAGCACUGGCCGCCUUCGGGUACAGACCCACCCCCGGAAAAGGACGAGCGAAAUGCUAUCAGAAUCGGCUCUGGGUAUCAAUAUCAAAACGUACUGACGCCAACCAUUUCUAACGAUAUCAUGAACAAGACUGGGCCAGUGGUCCAGAUCUAUUCAGGGGAUGACCAUGAUUACUGCGAAAUUACCCAUCGGGAGUUUAGCGACGCUCCGAAGGAGAUUACAGUGAAGAGCACGUCUUUUGCGAUGAGCGUGCGCAAGCCUGGGGUCCAACUGGCAAGUUUAUGGAAUCCAAUCGACCCACAGACGGGGAGGGCUCUCAAGUUGGCAACUUCUCCAACGAUCCAGAACCACCUUUGCCUCUUGCCUGACCAACUCUCUGUCUUCAUCUACUAUGCCUACGUGAUCAUUUUUACUUUGCUCGCCCUUUCCAUCCAUGCCGUGGCCCUUACAUUCCGCACCCCUGAUGUCUUCGAAUCUGCACUACCAGUCCUCCCGCUAACACACCGCUUCGUGGAUCACGUUCCCUCCUCUUCGACAUCGAGCACAUCCACAUCCGCCUCGUCACUCGCUAACGGCGAGAAUCGAUUUGGCAAUCGCUGCGGAAACUCCAUAAACUCCCGGACAGCAUCCCCGUCAAACGACGGAACACGACCCGCCAAGUAUGUUCACUUUGGUGGGGUAGCUGGACUAGAUGAAGUACCAAGACGUUCCCGACAAGACGAUUGGGAUGGUUCGUAUACGCCGAAAGAGAAGCCAUGGCCCGGUAUCAAAAAUGCCAUUGGCAAAGAGAUGACUAGGGGUGGAUUCCGUUGGACGUUCUUCGUGUUUCGAACCCAUUUCCUUCCGCCAUUCGGUUGGGUUGCUGGCAUCUCGCUUGCCUGGUAUUUUUGGCUGCUUUGGACUUGGUGA